UGUUGGUUGGUGGUAGGGUAGGUAUUUCUUUCAAAGUACAUUGUUCUUUUGAUCGAGCGAGUAGAUUUUUGAAUCGAAAGUGUACUUUAAUUAACAAAAAUGGAGGUGGAUUUGAAACAUUAAAUAACUUUGAUUGUAAGUUAGUGUGUAUGUGAAAUUGCAUUAGUGUAUUGUUUGUGAUGUCAAGAAUUCAGAAAGUGCUUGUAAUCAAGUCGACACUAAACGCAUACGAUCGUUCCAGCACGAAAGAUAAAUACUUCUUCGGGCUAAGAUGAGCAACUGGGCGAGGCGUAUGCACCGUCGAGCAGCCACAUUAAGCAAUGUGGUCACAUCGUGUGGUCAUCCGAAUUCUUUGCCAUAUCCGCGGAGAAUUGAAAAAGUAAAGUUUGGUGUACCUCUUCAGGAAGUUUGUAAGGACGACAUACCGGGACCCCUGCUUGUGCUGAUUCUUAAGCUAAAUAAAGAGGCACCGCUCCGUCGUGAUGUGUUCCGAGCGCCUGGUCAUCAAGGUGCUAUGAAGAAGUUGAUACAUUUCUUACAAACUGGACGACUGGUUAAUGUUGACAAUUAUUCUGUUUACACUAUUGCUAGUGUUCUCAAAAAGUUCCUGAGGAAAAUACCUGGAGGAGUGUUCGGCAGAGAUGGUGAGAUGGAGUUGUUUGCUGUGGUGGAGCUGCCUGCAGAACAGCAAGUGGAUGCUAUCAGAAGGCUCCUACUGGCGUUGCCAGUGUGUACACAGAAGCUGCUGGUGCUCCUCUUCGGCACAUUUCGUGUGAUGGCUUCCAACGCUGACAAGGCUGGGACCGGCAUGACAUCAGAGGCCCUAGGCGUGUCGGUAGCGCCGUCGUUCUUCCACUCGUGCGUGUCGGACGGCAAGACCGCUACAAUGGAGGACGUGCAGAGAUUCAAGGUGGCGACACGUAUAAUGCGGCAACUCAUCGAGCAGUUCAGCGCGGGCGAUCUGUUCGGGAGGAACAACUACGAGUACUACGCGCGCGUCACCGGCCGCAUACUGCGGGUGCGCGACGAGUGGAUCUGCUCCUUCAGAGACCCGCCUCCCCCGCGACACCACCGCGACCAGGAGGCCUACGCUAGGCAAUUGUCAUUAGAAGCGGAGAAAACAUGGUUGCAAUGCGAAUGCGACCGUUGGGGUAACAAGUUCAAUUUAGAAGGGUUGUCAAAAUCGGAAGAGUGUCAGUCAAUGCCAACGUUGAUGGGUGCGGUGGGCGGCACGGGCGCUGGCGCAGGGCUCGGCAUCAUCCCUGAGCACAGUCUGCUGGACUCCUGCACGCGUCUGUCUAUUUCUCUUGAGGAGAGCAUUUUCAAGGUGUCCGUGAGCUCAUCAUCACAAUCGUCUCGCAGCAACUCCAGCCCGCACAUGACUCUGGAGGAGCUGCGCGCCAUCAACAAGUACGCGGAGAGCACCAAGAGCCUCUCCUACCUGCCGCAGGUGCACGAGCGGCAGCGGGCGCGGAUGCGGACGCGCUCCGAGUGGUUCCUGCAGCCCGCCGCCUCGCUGGACGCGGCCCGCUCGCGCGCAAGUACGCCACCGCCCCCGCCGCCCUCGCCCCUGGCCCUCCCGCCUCCGCCUCCGCCACCGCCCCCGCGCCCGCCCGCAGCGUGCGCGCAACGCGACGAGAGCACCGCUCUAUACGUGCUCGUCGCCUGCCUUGAGUUUUUGUUUUGAAAUCGGAUGCCUCGUGCCACCGGCGGGUCGCGUCGUCGCUCUAGGCGCGCGCGCGUGUGCCGCGCCCUCACGCACUCCGACACUGAGGUCCCGCUCGCUCUCCAGCCUCGUCAAGUGACCGCCUGACCCUGACGCCGACCCUGACCCACGCACUGUCGCGUCACAAACACGCCACAGCACUGUGUUUGUACUAACUUGUCUGUUUGUAAGUAUUCGCGCGUCUGCAACGAAUACGUUCACUCUAUGAAAUCAAGCGUUUACAGCGAUAAUGUGAACAAGGCGGAGUAUAUCGCGUGUCUAAUGUUACAGGCAAAUUACACCACUGUGUUUGUAUUAACUUUCAUGUAUGUAACGAGUCUCAAGCAAACUUGUACUAACCUGCCUGUUCGCAAGUAUUCGCGCGUCUGUAACGAAUACGUUCGCGGUAUAUUGAGCGCAAUGCGUUAAUGUAAGCAGGCAAUCACAGCUAUAUUGUGAACUAAGCGUAAUAUGUAUAUCGCGUGUCUUAUGUCACAAGCACGCCACACCACUGUGUUUGUACUAACUCGCCUGCGAGUAGGUUUUCGCGCGUCUGUAACGCAUCUGUUCGUGUAAAAUUGUGUGUCAUCAACGAAUACGUUUGCGCUUGUUGAAAACGCAAAUUAAAAGGAAGCUAAUGCAGACACCAAGUAGGUAAAAUAAAGCGAAGAAAGCAAGCUGCAAUAUUGUGUACAAAGCGUAGUUUAUCGCAUCGUUAAUGUCACAAGUAUCAUUUAACGCAACUGUUUUUGUGCUAACUUACCUGUUUGUAAGUAUUCGGGUUUGGGUCAACCACAGAUGUUUGAUACAUCUGGUCAGUUAGAUGUUUCGUUCUAUCAAGAAAUAAGAGGCUCCAUUUUUGUACUUCAGAACCGUAAAAUGUUCACAAAACAACCCUUUUCGAUAUAAAAUCUAUGCUAGCAUUAAUAUAAGUGCUAAGUAUCUAGGCUAUAUAUGUAAUAAGCAAUAAAAUGAGUACUUUUUACUGUAUAUCUGCAAUAAAUGCUAGUGAGCGACUUUAUGUGUCAACAAUGUUGUAAAGGAUCGUUUUCUAAACCCCUUUUUCAAAACUAAUUUGAAAAUACAUGACUUAUAUGCAAUACAUGCAGGUUCAUACAUGUGUUAUAUACAUGUUAUGUAUUUUAUAUAGUGAUGCAGAUAUCUUUUAUGAAAUGAUCCAUUUAUUUUCUACCAAAUUUACAUUCAGAAAUUUAAAAUUGUAAUAUUAAUAUAAGACGUACUGCGAUAAUCGAGUAAUUACAUUUCUUAAACGACAUAUUAUAAACAAUUCAGCUUUACCUACUUAUAAAUAAUGUGUGUGCCAUGUAACAUAAUGUUAUACAGUACGAUCAAUUUUAUAAGUUAUAUUAAUACGAGGACACUUACAAGCAAUAAACAUAGCGAGUAAAAAUGUAUGGAGCAUUAUAGAACGCAGAAAUUGGAUAUAGCGUCUUCCUAACUAAUUAGUCCAGUCAAAUUAAUCCUUAAAAUAGAAGUAAGUACAAUAAUUCCCAUAGAGCUAAAAAUUGGUAUGAAUGUUUAAAAUACUAUUAUAAAUAAAUUGUAAAAAGUUCCCAUCAAUCCCCCUUGUGCAAAAAAAGUUUGCAAAAAUGUGUUUUUCGCGUUUUUCAGCUCAACGGUGAGUUUUGCUAUAAAGCAAAGAUAGUUUAGACAAAAAUUGUAGAUCAUCCGAUUCUCUACAAAAAAUGUAUCUAAAUUUUUUUUCAUAAGUAUUGCCAUAUAAAGAAAAGUUUUUGCAAACUUUCACCAUUAAUAAAUUUUUGCACAAGGGGGAUUGAUGGGGAGUUUUCAGAAUUAAUUUAUAGUAGUAUUCUGAAUAUUCAUACCAAUUUUAGCUCUAUGGGAAUUAUUGUAACCUUCAAAGUCAUAAAUGACUGGAUUAUAAUAGUUGUAAUUUAUCAAGUUGGAAGUAAUGUAUUAAAUGUGAAAAAAGCAUUAUGUUCCUGAAUAUAUAAGUUAAUUUUAUAAGAAUUUAACUCUGACUAUUGAUAUAUAACAUUCCUGUAUAUAUUUAUCUAGUUAGUUUUUUUAUUACUCUAUUUGAAAGUAUUUUUAGACGAUGACGAACGAUAAACAUACAUAAAGUGUGCUAAAUUUUAACGAAUCGUUUCGUAAAUCGUAUAUGUAUACAACGCUGCAUUUUAGACUACCUCAUGUAUUACAAUCUAGAUAUUUCUUAUUUUUUCAUCUCGACAUUCAUAUAUUAUAAAAUCGAAAGACAUGCACAUUUAAAAAUCUAUGGGGGCCCGCACAUAAGUAAUUGUUCAGAUUAUUGAUAUGUAAAGUUGCCCCUAAGGAAAUAUGACCGUCAUAUGGCAACUUUAGGCAACCUUGCCCAACAUAUUAUCAUAAUGGUAAUGUUCUCGUCGAAAGUCAAAAUAAGAUUGUCAAUAUUGACUGGGUGCCGGCACCCUUUAGACCAGAAACGGAUGACAGCUGUCACAUGUUAAUGAUCUAUGAAAAUCAUAUAAGACUUUAGUUGAAUCAACAUUCGAAAUGUCGCCUUCAGUGUCGGAUUUACCAGUAGGCUAAAUAGGCUGGACCCUGGACAUGUUUGACCCAAAAAUAUUUAUCUCACAUAAAUAAAGAACAUGGAGUCAUGACAAUGGAACAAUGUUUUUUUUAUUAUAUUGUGUAAAUUAUAAUAGAAGGCUAAUAUACGUCUAUACUAUCUAGACUAAUAUUAUAUCUAAAAUAAAUAUUUUGUUCCUACUUUACAGUCCUAGUAAAAUAUUAAAUGUUGCAAAUUUAUUGACACAAUUUAAGGUAAUUGAAUUCCAGAGAUCAGUAGGGGCUACAAAAAUUUAACAGCCUACUGGCGGCAAAUUAGUAAAUCCGCCAUUGUGAUAAAGCUAUGAACACAUUGCAUUGUCUAUACUAAUGUAUGACUCGUGUGAUGUAUGCGAAAAUCACUGACAAUCAGUUCAUGAACAAAGUUUUGUUGACUUAUUCUAGAUGCAUUUUAAUAAAACCCAUACUUUGGCUGAAUGAUCUACGAGGCGCAACUAAUUAUUAGCCUUAGGAGAGAUGAUUAUAAUCCGCGAAAAUUGCUACCACUCUGGAAGCUUGUCAAAUUGACAUUUUUGACGUGACGUUAAUUGCAACUAAAAAAGCACAGCUAACAAAAGAUUUUAAUUCAUUAUUUUUUCAUUUUUAAUAAAAUAAAAUCUUUAUAGGUAUGUUUUUUUAAAUAAAGCCAAAUGUUUGAAUAAUUUUAAAAAGGUAUUGUUUUAUGUCGCGAGAUAGCGUCACAAAAAUAGCGACCCCGUAUGGCUGACAUGCGACCAACGAAAUCUUCAAAGAGAAAUAGACAAAUUUCAACCAAUAGCGGCGCAACCGAAAAAUACCGCUGCCUUUCAUUGCGUUGGGACGAAAAAGACGGGACAGGGACAACUCCGCCGCCAUUUUUUGUCUAUUUCUCUUGACGAAAUACUACAUUAGUCGCAUGAUCAACCUACAGGCACAUUAGCAAUUUGUCGGCAUAUCACACUCUUUGUUCUCUCUUGGUAUAAUUACAAACCUAAUAAGGCCUCAUUCGCACGAGAGUUAAAAAAGCGAUACGUUCAAACCCAGUUUUGGCGCUUUUAUAACGUUCUUAAUUUAAUUCAUGGUAUAUUUACAAUGCCCAAAAUUGAAAAUGCAACACUGCUCGAUAAAAAGCGUCGUGUUUUAUAAACGCUUUCGCGUGAACAAAGAAUACUUGAAUGCAUUGGUUGUAUUUGAACGCUUCAUUAACGUCCGUUAAAAAAACUCUCGUGCGAAUGAGGCCUAAGGCUAACGAGUUACUUGUCGUAUGCAUAUUUCCAUUUCAUACAUCAUUCAAACGUAGUGAACCCUUAUAAUUAGGCCACAUACAAGACUGAAAAUAUUAUAUGAAAAAAAAGGUAUUCUUUGAAUAUGUACGGACUUAAUUAUUUUAAAUUAAAUGUAAUUUGUGAUGCCUAUUUAAAUCCAAUUGAUAAUCGUUUUUAUUGUCUAUUGAAUAGAGUACAAAUUUCAUUGGUCGUCUCUUAAAUCUAAGUAGCUAAAUAAUUUAAAAAAUUAAUGCGAGUCUGUGAAAUAAUUAUAGCCAUUUACUAGUACAGUAGGUCUAGCAUGCGUCAACUAUACUCAGAGGUACAAUCCGUCCACUUUAAUAUGACGCGAGUAUAUUAAAGUGGGCGGAUAAUUGUGCCUCUGAGUAUAUAUAUCUCGGGAAGUCGACCAAUAGCGGCGGAGUUAAAAUAUCGCUCUCUCUUUCGUCCCAAGGCAAUAAAAAAGAGAGCUAUAUUUUCGAUUGCGUCGCUAUUGGUUACAUUUAACUUUCUCACUUCUCGAGAUGUAUGUCGCGGUACCGACCUACUGGUGACAUUUAAAAUUCUUUACUUAUGAAUAAAAAUCUUAACUCUUUCUGAUAUAAUUUAUAGGUGCUAGGUUGAUUGUGAAAUCUAUUGUAAAUAAAUAAAUAAAUAACAUGCAUAGUUAUCACAUUAAACAUCACUUUAAUUUAUCUGAUGUAAACUAUUACUAAUGUAAUGUUUUAUUAAUACUGUCUAUUGAUAUGCAAUUUAGAUUAUAAAGUUUUAGAGAUAAAUUCCUUUUACAUAAGUAUUUUGACAGAGUUUCGAUAUAUGGGAUAUUUUGACAGCAAUAAUGUGAUUGUAAUGCUUCCGCAGGUCUAGCGUAUGUCAAAGAUCUCGUGAAGAGAAAAAGACAUUGUCGACCACUAGCGGCGGAGUUGAAUUAUUGUUGCAUUGGGGCGAAAGAGACAGAUGUUUCAGCUGCGGUCGCUAUUGGUCAAAAUGUCUUUUUCUCGUCUCUAGAGACGUCGUGGUGCGCAUUGACCUACAGAUUGGUUGUUUUAGUCAAUUAUUAUCUACAAUAUAAAACUUUAGCAACAAUAUAGUAAUUCGAACCAAUAAUAACAGGUCGGUGCUUAAAACACUGUUCAUUCGCAUUGUAUAACAGUGGAAUUCAUAGCCGUCUCAGGGGCACCCCCAGGGGAUCGUUCACCCGCUGAGUAUCGAAAUCUCAAACGCAUACAGUUUAAAUUCGAAAUUCAGCUAGUGAACGUGCCCCUGGGGGUGCCCCUAUAACGUAUAUGAAUCCUUUUGGAAGCAGUGGUAACAUAAUAACAAGUGUGUUUGUGUGUACAAAUUCAUUAUAGUAUGUACGUUCCUUAAGGCCGGCCGCAAACACUCGUUUUCCGUAUUCGUUUUUCGUCAUUCUGAAUGAAUAUUUUCGCAAAGGCUCGCAAUAAUUGCUACGUACGCGAAUUUGUUCCGUUCAGAAAAAAUUUACGUACGCCUCAUUUAUUGUAUUUUAUAUUGAUUUAAUGCAUUCGGUUUUCAAAACAUGAAAAAUCGAAAUCAAUAUAAAAUACAUUAAAUGACGCACAUGUAUGUUUUUUUCCGAACGGAACAAAUUCCGUGCGUACGUAACGAAUGCGAGCCCUUGCUAUAAUAUACAUUCCGAAUGAAGAAAACCGUAAAAUCUGCGGUAGUUUCGCGGAAUUUCAUAUCGAAAUUUAACGCAUUAGGAAAACGAAUACGGAAAACGAGUGUGUGCGGCCGGCACUAUAUUAUAGUUUGGUAAGUUCGUUGAUAACACUCCCAUGAUAUGCGGGUGACGGGCGGUGAGAUGCAUCAGUCGUGGGUUUUUCAUGCAUCGCUAUAUGCCCCCCGCCCCGCGCGUAACAUCAGGAGUGUUACGAACGAAGUUGCCAUGCUAUACAUCAAUACGUCAAUAUUAUGUCAAAUGUCACAUUACAACUACAUCAAGAAAGACAGAUUACUAACCAACUUCUUCCAAAAGUUGACGAACAUACAUAUGCGUAGAUUUUUUUAUAUAUAAGGGAAUAUUUUAAUGAAAUAAGUGCUAUAGCAGGCUAGAUAUAUUUUCUGUAAAUACUAAUAGCAUUUUUCGCAAGCCUCGUUGCACAUUUUAAUUUUGCAUAGUUUAGUUUAGUCAUGCGAAAGCUCAAUGUAUUUAUGAAUUCCUCGUGGUUGUGGUGUAGCUACGCGUUAGGCUUAUGCUAGCCACACACGGUCAAGUAUAUCGUAAUCUGUAGUGCGUUUAAGGAUGUGAAUGCACCGAGAUGCUAUUAAAAAUGGACACAUCAUAUAGAAAAUUACACUUGAAAACUGUCCACAUUUGUGGUUCUGGCAGUUGUAGGAUAAUUAAAGAAAAUUAAAUCUAAAUUAGAAGCUUAAAGUUCAAUAUAAAAGAUUUUUCUAAUAAUAAGGUUGAAUUAGCAAUACGACUAUUUGAAAAGUCCACGCAUGUAUUGAAGACGUUUUUGAUUGUGAGUCAUUUUUUUAUAAGAGUAUGUCAAUGUAUGGAUGUAAAAAUAAUAUAAUGAAUCUAAAAUGUGAAAAUGCAUUUUCACAUAUCUAAGCGAGCUGCAGAUUUGACAUGACUUGACCGUGUGUGGCUGGCGUUACAUUGGCCAUUUCUUAGGGUAUCUUAUCAUUCUUGUUAGCGUUUUUUUUGGAUUCUAAAGUAUUACUACUUAAUGGCUACUUAAAGGCAAACCACAUACGUCGCAAUCCAAUGCUAGAAGCGGUGUUUUGUGCCGUAUUGUAGUAAAUAGUAGUCUGAGACAGAUAUGACGUCAGGCGGCGGGUUUGUUUUCGUAAAGAGUAGGGAGUUAGAGAGAAGUAGCCAUCAGGCGGGAACGACUGGCGAUAUAAGGCGCUUGCCGUACGGUCUAGCGCAUUCUUAUCGUGGAGUUCGAUCCGUCCACACCUUUUGUUGGAUAAUCCGUCAUGGGUGAUUUUGGGAUAGGCGGGGAGAGUGACUUGAGUGGAAAAGGGGAGUGUUUGUUAACUGUCAAAGGGGCCUUUUAAUCCUACACACAACGCUCACAACUCCACUCAAGGUCAUUCUCUGCCAUUCUAGGGUCUUAUUUUGGUUGAAGUUUGAUUUGUUAAUUAAGUUGUCCUGACAAAUGUGAAUAACUUUAACCUUUGUUCGACAUUGGUUUUCUUAUUUUUGUUAUUCACUUCUGAGUCCUCUAAAAGUAUGAAAACUACAGAAAAUAGGCCUAGGCCUAUAAUAAAAAGUGCGCCUGCCGCCCGCUCCUCUCGUCAUCACUGCUCCACGCAGACGAGGAUUCACUUAUGCGGUUUGCCUCUAGGUGCAUUUUCACAAUUGGACAUAUAAUGAGUAAUGACGUCAUUCAUAUUUCCUAGUCGAAUUCACUAUGUGGCUAGGCUCAUAUUAAAUUUUAAUGAGCGUAAAGCAUUUUAUUUAGCUAGCGAAUGUUCUCUUGGAUUAUUGGCAUUCAAGAUCCUGUGUUCAAUUUAACUAUAGGAUUUGGAUAGUUUAAUUGUUUAAUGUAUAGAAUAAUAGUUAAUUUUUACUACAAGUAUAUAGAAAUAUUGCUUUAUGUAUGAAUAAUUCAAUCGAUAGGAUAUAUUCGUACUAUGCUUACAAUGAAAAUUUGUUAUAAAUAUUAUUAAUUUUUCGUUUAUAUUUAAAUGUAACUGAACUAGUAAAUUGACAGGUCUAGAAGACUUUUUUUAAUGAAUUAAAUGUCCACUAUUAUUUUUAUGUAAAAACUACAUUUUCGUUAGUGAUUUUUUUUGUUAGUAAAGAGACAUUUUGUACAAUGAUUUAACAAUUUUUGUUUCUCAUAAGACUGUUUUCAAUUAUUAUAUCUAUUAUUAACACUCGAAUAAGUUAAAGAGCUGUAUAUUUAGUCAUAAAUGAUUGCGUGAUAUAUAUAGACAGCUCUUAAAAUCAUUCCACCGACUUGAGUAUUGAACUAAAUCCGGCUGGGUUAUUCGCUAACUCGGUGUUUAUAGACAAUAAAGUCAACUGAGCCUGUUUGACUUUACUAUAUUUUACAUUGAAACUCCAUUAACACGUUCGCUGCGGUGCGAGGUCAAUUGACCUCGUACGUCUAGGACUAUUAGGAGUUACGAGGUCGAUGGACCUCGCGCCGCGUCGCAUAAAGUUUUGGUACAAGGUCAAAAAACCUCGUACAGUACUACUACAGUACAGAAAAAUCAGUGCCGCAGCGAACGUGAUAAAAUAUUUCGCUUGGAAAAUUAGUGAACUUUGGACUUAUUGGCAUAGCGAAUAGCCCGGCAAAUGCUUUAUGUAUUUAUGUUGUAACAUUUGUUCCGAUACCAGUUUAACUUGCUUUACGUUUUGACACACUAAUAAGAAUAGAGUCACGUAUAAAGACCAUUGCUAGUUUUUGUUUUUUUUUUUUUAUUUAAAUAGUGUAAUCCAACAUUGUUUAGUAAAAUCAAACUAUGGUCAUGUUUUAUUGUAUAGAAACACACUUUAAACAACGAAUGCUGGAUCCUACUAAUAUUAUAAACGCGAAAGUUUGUACGGAUGUUUGUUACUCUUGAACGCCGCAACUACUGAAGCGAUUUGGCGAAAUUUAAAACGGAAGAUAUACAUAUAGUAUCCGAUAUUAACACAUAGGACAUAGGCUACCUUUUAUUCGGAAAAAAUCCAUGGUUUUUGCGAAAAACUGAAUUCCGUGUGAAGGAAAAAAGUCCGCUAGUGAUGUUAUAAGUGUGAUUCGACUUGCUUUACCUCGACGUUUUGUGUCGGGAUGUUUAUAAAUUGUUAAAAUUGGUAUCGGAACAAAUUUUUAUUAAUCUUGAAGCUUUAACAGUAUCAAGACCAACUUUGUAGUUUUUAGUUAUUAGAAAACAAUUGAUUUUGUUGAUUACAUAAACUGAAUUAGAAUGGUAGUGUAAUUGAUUGUAUCGUGAAUAAUAGAAAUUAUUUUGUUAUACUAAUUGGUAAGGUAUUAUGUUGCAGUUUCUGGGAGGAUUUUCAAAGAAAGUUGUCAGAUAAAAUAGUAUUAGAUGUAUGGCACGGGUGCAUAUUGCAUUACGCGUUUUUACCUUAGGGAAGUCACACAUGUUAUAUUAAAUAAAAUUUUAUUAUCGCCCUGAUAUACCUACUGUAACCGUUUUAUUGAUGGAAUAUCGAUUUAUAUAUGUCAGACUUCGUGGUCUUAUAUUUUAAUUUGAUGAAAUAUUUUUUACUUUUUAUAGAACGAUGCUUGAAACAUGCUAUCUUUCGAAGCCACUACGAGCCAAAACUACAUUGUUGUCUACCAUACUUACCUAUAGCAGGUCUGGCACUCAGCAAUUACGAUUUUUUUAAUUGUAGACAACCCUGACGUUGUCAGAAAGUUGUAGUUGAACAUUUUAUUCGGUAGGCUAUUAAUUUUGUUCGACCUGAUUUGCGCCGUAUUGUGUAGUACCGAGAGUCGCUAUUUAUUUAAAUGACAGUGCGGAGUGAAUCUUCUGUACUUGUACUUAAGUAUUCUCUGUUGGUAGAACUAUGAACCGACAUGAUUGAUUUAAGAUAUUAUAAUCUGAUUUUAUGUUUUUACCACAUGUGAAUCAUUUGACAUUGCUUGUUUUAUAAAGGACGGUGUAUUGCCAAUGUUGCCCGUGCCAUUAAUUUAUUUUUAAAGUAUUGAUCUAUGGUAUUCGCUUUUGUGUAUUAUGUUUUUUAUAGAUUGUCACAUUAUAAUUGCACAUUUUCUAUACAAAUUAUAAAGAAUUACACAAAAAUAAAAGAUUAUGAAAGUA